AUCAGAGGAAGCCUUGCUACUGACAACACACCCUCAGGUCUUGCAACUGCCACUAUGGGGGCUCUGCUGUGGGAUCUCUUGCUGCUGUGCUUGUUUGCCCACGUGCUUGGCGACUGUCAGAGGGACUGCCUGAGCUGCAACAGACACUUGUACAACCAACAGGACAACUUCAAUGUUCUCGUCUGCAUCAUGGAGUGUGAAGGAAAGGCCUUUUCAAGUACCACCUGGGAGCUUUGCACCAAAGUGGCUGGGAAGUCGUCCAUACAGGUGAGCGCUGACAGCCUGGAAGAAGAUUCCUACCAGCCCUUAGAGAUGGAUGACAGUGGCCUGUUCAGAGGCAGCCGGAAGCACUUCAAUGACCUCACCAAAGUAGUGGAUCUUAGCAAAAUGGAAGGUGAGAAGAGAGUUUCCAAGGUGAGCAGCCUGAUCCGCCAGCGGGAGGUGGAUGAGGGUGUCAGCAAUGGGAGUGAGACCCCGCUGGGUGACUUCCAAGAGCAGCCCAAGGAUAUUUCCAAGCGGCUCGGUGGCUUCCUCAAAGGAAAGUACAGUUACAGGCAGGUGCUGGAGCCCACCGUGCAGGGGGUGCAGAAGCGGUACGGGGGCUUCAUAGGGGUCAGGAAGUCGGCUCGGAAGUGGAACAACCAGAAGAGGUUUAGCGAGUUCUUGAAGCAGUACCUGGGCAUGUCACCGCGCUCCAGCGAGUAUGAUAGCUUAACCAAUGACCUGAAUGAACAGAACGAGAUCUAACGGGAAACUCUGUUUCAUGUCACUGACACAUAGUGAAUCGGUUUAAGUCUCCCAUGGCCAAAGAAGUCAACCCCUUCCCUGAUCCCAAAGAGCCUGUGCUAGGAAUGGUUCACCAGACACAACCGGAUUCAUUGCUGCUCAGAGUCAAGGGGGGGAAGCCGCAUAGUGGUUGUUUCUGAAUCAUUCAACAUAUUUAUUAAUUCUUCUACAUUUUCAUGGCACUUUUGAAGGCAAAUACAAGACAACUGUCCCUGCCCUGAGCUUACAGUCUAGAUUUACUAGAAUGGGAAUUUACUUAUGAGGAGAGAGACAGAAUCAGUCAGGUUUCUCUUUUCACAUUCAAAAUGGAUUUCCAAGUGUUUUGGUCCCUUAGGAUAUGUCUAAGCUGUAAUUAAACACUUGUGGCUGGCCUUUGCCAGCUUACUCAGGCUCGUGGGACUCAGGCUAAGGAGUUGUUUAAUUGCAUGGGCUCGGGCUGCAGCUUGAGCGCUGGGACCCUCCCACCUCGCAGGGUCCUAAAGCCCAAGUUGAAUGCCUACAUUGCAAUUAAACUGCCCGUUAGGCUGAGCCCCGCGAGCCUGAGUCAGCUGGCACAGGCCAGCAGCCGGGUUUUAUUUGCAGCGUAGAUGUACCCUAAGUCUCACAGGGCUACAUGAACAACUCAAAGCUCCACUAACUACACAGUCCAUAAACUUAUGGUGCCUGUGACCCAUUACCACCAAGGUAGUCACCCUCCAGAGCAGCCAAGGGAAAUCCCAUGACCAUCCCUCUCCACCUGGGACCAGCAUGCCCUGGGGGACACAAUGUCUAGCCCAACAAGAUGGAGUCAUGUCACUCUUUCCUUCUUCAACUUGGGCUUUUGCUUCUUAAAAUGUAGCCUUUCUAAACCUAACACUCGUGCUGCUCUCCCUGCUCCACAUGGGGAGCUUUGUUUGUUUAUUUUAAAUGCAUUUUCUUCAGGUUAAAUGUGCUGGAUUAACAUCCCUGGAAGCUAAUCAACUACAAAACAAGUAUGCCAUUGGACAGCAGGAGUGCAAGUCUGAUGGCCGCAAUACCACAAACUGAAUCAGGGACCUCCUGAGCGCGAAAGCAUGAGCUGCUACAGCUCGAGCUAAAGAGCCAGGCUCUGCAGCUCUGGCUGCGAUACUCUGUCUGCAGCCCAGGCAUAAACAGGGACCUGUAAUAUACAUUCCCCAGUGGUUACAGAAACUUCACUACACACUGCAGCACCAUCAUGCCUGAGCCCUGCCCUGGGAGCAGAGAGGGAGUUGAUUCCCAAUGCCCAUUCAUUCCCUGAGCUCUCUUCUGAGACUUCACCCACGCCAGAAAGCUCCAGAUACACUCCAGCUGUAACCUUGGCAGAGACAGGGUUAGAACAUGGUCAUCCCAUAGCCCAGUUUCAACAUGGAUAAAGCUGCAGUGUAGAUGGGACCUAUUUGUGUCCCCACACCAGGUUAACACCUUGGACUGAUUAAGGGUUUAUCCCAGUGACAGGGAUAUGGUUACUACAAUUUUUAUCUGUGUUGUAACCACAGCCCCCCAAGUAGACCCCUUUGUUCCGUCAGGAAUCCAGAGAAAACCUUUCCUCUCUGCAUGAGAUCACCUCGCUUCUGCCCUCUGCCCUCCUUCCUCCAUCAAGCUGGCAACCCCCCUUAGUCUUUGACUUUAUCCAGAUGCUGCAGUGUCACUUACAAGAUGAACCCCCAUGCUCACAGCUGGAGAGGACAGAGAACUCUGACACCAGAAUCAGUUCUGUGGGCGAGGAGGAUUAUUCUAGAGUCAGAGGAAUGAUUGUGCACCUGCACCACCUGGAGGAGAGUUAGGGCAUAUCUACACAACAGCUGCACAAUUACAGUGCAGGGUUUCAAAGUAAAAAGGGGGCCUCUUCAGAGCUGGAGGUGAAAGAGCCAUGGUAGGACAGAGGGCAAGAACUGUACACGAUUAGAGAUUCCAAAAUACUCAGCUCUCAGGAAACAAACAAGAGCUCACAGACGCACUGGGAACAGGAGAGCCACGAGCUGGCAGCUUCAGCAGAGACCAAGGGGUGUUUGGGCCAUGAGAAAUGAGCUUACCACUAGAUUCCCAAUCUACCAUUCCAGGACAGAAUCGAGGCACUUUGGGAGUGGGUAAUAUACAAUCAAAGAGAGUGGGCAUUGCCACUGCCUGUACUGCACCUGCUCUGUGGUUAAAGAGGACGACAGUCUCCAGGACUGCUGAUCCAGCACCAAUUUCAUUGCCCUUUUAAAAAAAGAAAUUAACAAAGCAGCUUAAUGGUCCCCUUCACUGUGUGUAAAUUCAGACUCAUUCGUAAGAAUAUUGCUUCAGUUUGUCCUUAGAAAAAUCCUUUGGAUAAAAUAUCUCAUAUACAUCUAUAAAGCAUCCAACUCAUUCUGGUGGAUCCCAAAGCACUUCAGACUCUUAUUCAGGACUUAUUCAGGAAUCACUUUACCCACUACCGCAAUGCAGUUACCUCUGUGGUGGGGCAUGAAAGCUGUGUAACAGUCAGGGGUGGCUCUAGACAUUUUGCCUCCCCAAGCACGGCGGCAUGCUGCGGGGG